GCGUAUGCAGUGCAAAGGAUGUCUCAACCUCAACGUGCGAUGCAGCGCGAAUGACCUACCGCAAGAGCUCACUGACAUGAUCUUCGAUUUUAUUGAGGACAAGCGUAGCCUGGCUGCGUGCGCUCUCGUCUGCAAGUCGUGGACGGCGUGGAGUACGCGCUUGUACUUCCGUUCGUUUGAGGUCGCAAGGCCGAGCGUUAUCGCUCUACAUGACUACUUACAGUUGACAGACAGAGCGCGCGAUAGCAUCAGGCACCUGAUCCUCAAGUCGAUAGACGGAUGGGCGGGUGGACGAGUACGCGGACUAGGUUCAGGCGUACCUGAUGCGGACAUCGUCGUUCAGACGUUCUCGGUGGAGGAGCUUUUGGCAAUUCUACGACUGUUGCCCAAAUUAGAAUCUCUGGAACUCUGCUCCUUGCCGGUUUAUUUGGACCUCUGGACCCUACCUCUCCUCGGGUGGCCGGCCGACUUUCACCCCGUUGACCCCCAGUUACCGCUCAUCAGGAAUAUGCGCCUAUCGCUGAAGUCACUUCGCCUCGUCAACAUGGCUUCGUUCGUCGGGGAUAUAUCUUGUCUCCUCGCAUUCCUGAGCGCUUUUGAAAGCAUCGACGACUUACAUUUCACCGACGAGUAUGUCCCAAACCUCACAAACCGCCCCCUCGGUCGCGACAUAUCGUAUAUGGGACCCUUCAACAUGGAACGACUGAGCCCUCUGCUUACUAAGAGGCUGUACAUUAGUACAUUCCGUCCCACAUCGUUCAUGACGAUGAUUAACGUAUUGACGGACACGGUCGAGAGCGCUACUCUUGAGCGCCUAGAGUUGGAGCCUACCGACGGAGGGAUGCGCAGCUUUACUGUUCAAGCUACCGCCGCAUUUCUCGCUCGCGUCCCGGAUCUGCAGGAGCUUAUACUUCACAUACCUACCCACCGCCUCACAGACUGGGCUACUCGUACGUCCCCCAGUGCCACUUUGUCGCAGAAUGCUGACAGUUACCCUUCAUAAAACUGCGGUUCUGUCUGCGUAUGCAGAAUCCUUCACACUGCCAAACCUCUCACAAUACCUGAACCUGAGAAGUGUGUCUGUGUACGACCUACCCAUCCACGAUCUGAUGGCACCAUCGACGCUGAUUUCGCUCGCGCACAAGGUCCUCGACGAGGUCGGCGCGAUGCUCGAGAGCGCGCCGCGGGGCGCGCUCACGCACGUCCACCUCGGCUUCAGCCCCGGGCGCGUGCUCAUCCCCCUCACCGCGACAUCGCACCACCAAACGUCGUUUGCAAGGUACAAUUGGCGCCGCUUUCUCUGCGGGCGUUGCUUCCAGGCGGAUACCUUCCGCGAGCUCAGUUUCGACGGGAUAUAUUCGACGGUGUGGGCCGAGGCGCGUCUCCGCGGCGCGGACGAGAUACACGCCGUGGCGGACGUAAUGGGGGCGCGUUAGGCCUUGGUUUCUCUUCGUCUUCUUGGUUGUAAAAUUUUGUGGGAUUGUGCUGUGCUUCGUUGAUAUCUGGAUUGGAUGGAUGGAUCAGACCUUGGGCGCUGAUGACAAGCCAUACUGUAGUUCAACACUACAUUUACACAGGAAUAUUAAUGAGGUGCAUUUAAAUUUGUGU